AUGAAUCGCGGCCCAAACAACUCAUCUCAUCCAUCUGUUGUUAAACAACAAUAUGACACACAGAACGUAUGGAACUUUGAAAAUCAAUGGCGUACGGAAUUAUUUAGUUGCAAACCGUGCAGUCAAUUUCUUUGCGCGUGGUGCUGUUCCAUGUGCUUUGGAUGCAAAGUAGCCAAAAGUAUGGGAGAAUCGAGCAUCAUCGGUUGCUGUCCAGGUUCACUAUCUUACUUUCGAACAAAACUUCGAACAGCAAGACGUAUUGAAGGUUCAUGCUGCGGUGACUAUUGGGCAACAAGUUGCUGCGGACCAUGUGUGGCUAAUCAAAUCGCAAACGAACUUGACUUUCAAGGAUUAUGGGGUAAUCGAACAACACGAAAAACCCAUCCACGAAACGAUCGAUCUUACCAUGGUGAUACCUACUAA